AUGGUUCCAGUACCGCGUGGUGUAACUCCCAUAGCAUCAACUUCCCUUCUCGGUCUGCGCCAGGCAACAGACAUGUUGGAGCAGCACGCGACUGUGACCAAGGAGAAGCGAACCAGUCAUCAAUAUCAGCAAAAUACCAGGAAGUUCAAUGGACAAGAAAACACUCUCGCUGAUGUUGUCAACUCCCUUUCCCGCCGAGACAGCGACGAACAUGCAGUUUCUCGGGUAUCCGAUACCGACUAUGCCAGCCUGCUGGAAUGGAUACGGUGCGAGCGAAUGAAGAAGCUACCACCCGAAGGGAGCAGCUAUGACAAGGCUCUUGUAUGGGCGGCCUUGUUUGUCGAGCGUGUACAUUCGUUUGAUUCGGAAAUCGAGCAAUUUGCGGGUGACAGUCAUCUCGCUGCUCAGCUUUCUUAUGGACAUUGUGCGAGUCUGCUUGAGUUGGGUGAGCAAAAUGCCUCAGCCCUUAUGGACCUCUUUGGCUUCUUUUACCGUUGCUCUGCCGGUCUCGGUAAUCUGCUGGAUCGUGCAGAGCUCUUUUUGGUAUCCUCGGAUAUCAAGGACCAGCUUGUUCUCGCGUUAGCAGACUUGGUUACCCUCGUUGUUUGCGUCGCUAGACAUUUCCACCGGUCGCUACUCUCUUCGGAGUCGGUGUCAAUUGAUAUCUACAGCACGUUUCCCAGUCCCAUCGAUAGUUUCCGUGGUCGGUGCGAGCACGUAUCGGAACUUAUGUGGCGUCAUCAAUUGACGCGGGAGGGAUUUGAUGUCGAUAAAGGGGUCGGAAUCAAUACACUCAAAGACUGGCUGCAACCUGAAGACCCGGCACUCGCUCAUGUUACAGAAGCCUUGGCCCCCUCGGCCCAGGAGCGCGAGGAAGCCACCUGUAUGUGGGUGAGGCCCUACUUGACACGGUUCUUGAAGGGAGAACAGCAGGUGCUUUCCAUCACCGGCAAGCCAGGUUCCGGAAAGACGGUUUUGUCCACUGUGAUAAACGAUUAUCUGCAGCACCCUGUAGGAGGGAUGAGGUACACGUCUAUCUUGGCACCGAUCAAUGGUCGGGUUCCUGCCAACACGACCCCGGCCGCCAUAGCCAAAACGGUUUUGUCGCAGAUGUUCAAUAAACGCCUCGGCAACGUCCAGCUAUAUCAGAUUUUGGCCGAUGCAUAUAAUGAGAGCCAAUUGACUGUCGAAGAAGCAUCAUAUGACGAUCUGCUUUGGAGCACUCUGUCAAGUGCACUUCAGGCUAGCCUGGUGGGCGCUAGAGAACUGGUUUUGGUCGUUGAUGGUGUUGACGAGGCCAGCUGUGGCGAAAUAGCCAUGUCACGUCGUUUGCAUGACGCGGUAUCCAAAACGCCCUCCUUGAAAUUGAUUAUGCUCGCUUCCGAGGCAGUGAAGUCAGUGCCAUCCCAGAUGACGGUACAAGUCAAUCUGGGCUUCAUCUUCGAUGACGUUGCGGCGGUCACUCGCAAGAUUCUUAACUCGAGCCACGCGUUUGACGAUAUGUCGGCUGAAGACCAAGAGAUGACAGUCGCCAAGAUCACAGAUGCUUCUGCUGGCUCCUUCCUCUGGGCAAAAUUGACCGCCAAGCGUGUGCGCGAUGAGAAUCCAUCGAGCAAAGCGGCACUAUCCAAGUCCGUGGAUAGCAUUGUCCAAGCGGGAUACAAAGUCUUCGACCUCAUCUCGCACACCUUGCAAUCUAAGCUGAGCGAUGAUACGAAGAAGGUCUUGCUUUGGCUGGCUACUGCAAAUCGCCCUCUCACUCAGGGAGAAUUAGCUGCUCUUCUUUCCACCCAACCCGAAAGGGCCACCAUCAUCCAGAAUCAAGCCGCUGACAUCCCUCACCUGCUGAAGCCGGUUGCUUCGCUUGUCUUCUUCCAGAAUGAGUUGGUCUAUCUUAGACAUGCACAAGUGCGCACUGCUAUUCAGGACGUUUUCUCGAAGCAAAAACUACUGCCCGCGAUCAAGGAUCGUAAGGUGGACUUUGCCCAGAGGCUCUUGCUUUACACAAAACAUAAUAUCACCGACAAUCAUGAGCCUUCUUUGGACCCAAUGAACGGGCGAAUUACGAACCAGUUGCUGGAAAAACAUUGCCUGCUGGACUUUGCGCUUCGCUAUUGGGCAAGUUAUGUCAAAAUUGCUUUUGGUUGCACCAACGAUCAAGAGAUCAAUACAGCGGUCAAGAGCUUGCGACCAGUCUUUCCUACCAGUUCUGCUGUGCCACUCCUAGAGAUGACCAUAUGGGCGAGUAAGGCUAUACCAUCGCUCCGGUCCAUUCAUGGGAUUCAAACGUGCAUGUACCGCCAGAUUCUGAACAGCAAUCACCCAGCCACCCUGCAGGCCAUCAUCUCUCAGGCGCUGUUCUAUAGACAGAUCUAUAAUAUUGUGCCUGUCGAAAGCAGUCGGGUCUUCUAUCAGGCAGCAAAAAUGAGUCAGAAUAUGCUUUCAGUCCGGCAUCUCAUCACUUUGCAGAUGACGAAAUUCUUCCUGGAGGCCACGGCGGAUCAAAUCACUGAGUCCAAGACAGAAGUCAUGACCUGGCGCAUCGAAAUGCUGAAGCUCCUGGUGGAAUGCUAUAAAGUCCAUUACGCAGCGACAAGCAUUGAGAUCACCUCCACGCUGACGCAGCUGUCUGAGCAUUAUACUUUGAUCAAAGAAGAUCGCAAAGCGCAGGAGAUUGUUGAAUCUCUGGAAGGGUCCGUUGCGGACAGCACACCGCAGCGAAGCGGAUCUCGACAGCUAGAUGAGUCUUUAUUGGUCCAUUUACAGGGACGGAAGGACAAGGUCGAGACAGGAACUACCCUAGCCUUUGAUGGUAUUGAGGCGGACGAGGUGAUUUCUUUGUCCUUUGACCUGAAAACUCUUCUGGACCAGGCCGAGCAUCAACAAGCAGAGCAGCAUACUUUGGAGGCCGAACAAACGUAUGUGGAGCUGUGGCAACAGGCUAGUCAUGCAUAUCAGUCCAACCACUCCACUGAGCACAAGCUCUCGAUGGUGCGAGGUGUUUUCGCCUACACGCAGUUCCUCAAAGGCCAGAAGAGAGACAAUGAAGCCGCAUCAAUUCUUGCAGGGUUCUGGGAAGAGUAUGAUAAGAACACUCCCAGUGCCGAGCUUUUGGUGCCUCAUUUGUUGGAGAUUGCUCAGGUCAUGAAGUCCGUGGGACUCUCAGAAUUGGCGCUCGAAGUUUACAAACAUUGCGCACAAAGUACUAGCAAGCAAAGUACUAUCCACAAGGAUUUGCAAAAGCAUAUCCAGUCCACCUCUCGCGAAGUGAUGCGCUCAUCGUCUACAACAUCCGUGAUGACAGAGUCAACCCUCACAGAAAUAGUAUAUAGCGCGUCGAGUGCCGAUCAGGUUUCCAGUAGGUCGGCGAUCUCGCUGGUGGAGAUUUACAUGUCUCAACACCGGUGGAAUGACGCAACAAGGGUUUUGAAACAAGUGCUGCGAAGUCUGUGGCCCGCAAUGUUUUUGCCGUCGCCCGAAAAUGUCGUCCUGCCAUCGGCCCAUGUCGAGUACUGCAUUGAACUCGCAGAGCGCCUUGCUGACUGCUACCGCUACCGGCAUCACUCGAUUAAGGAGGAGGAUACACGGACACGGCUUUAUCGUGCAGCCCGGCGCGAUCGGCAGGUGUGCGGAGAUCAUACCUUGGAGCGAGUCACAAAGAGCCUUCUCCGUCUGUACGAGCGGACCUCUCAACCCGAAAAGGUUAUCACCAUCAAUCAGGAUAUGCUGCAUGACUUGACCAAGCGCUUCGGCACGGAGCAUCCCACUGUGAUCCAAAAGCUCUGGACCUUGGCAGAGCUUACGCGUCCGCAUCCCAUCGCAGUGGAAUAUUAUGACCAGAUCGUUCAGUAUCUGAACAAAGACUCUGAGACCUGUCACCCGGAUGCCUUCGAGCCACUUCUGAUCGUGGCGACAGAGCUUUUGAAACAGGAUCGGUAUGUAGAUGCCUUGAAGCCUUGUCGGGUGUUGUUCAAUGCCCUUCAGACCCCGAAUAUCAGCCGGAAAUUGCAGGACCAGACAUUCGUCCAGAACAUCUACGAAAGUUAUGUCAAUUGUCUGCGCAUGACCAACAGUGAGACCACGAUUAUUCACGAUGUGACGGUGCAAUAUCGCAAAUCGUGCAUUAGCCUAUUCGGUGUGACUGCGUCGAUCACCAUACAGGCAACCAAAACGCUGGCGAAUAUAUGCCAUGAGUCCAAGCAAUAUGAAGCGGAAGCGAUUCAACUAUACGAAGAGCUUUUGCAAGUCAACUCCAGUGAAUUUGAGAUCGAUCAUCAGGACAUACGCACUACUCUCGAUACUAUUCAUGAGCAACAGAGUGCCGCCCUGACAACUUCAAAAGUGGAGAACAUGACUACAAAGGAGCUACAGAAGGUGGUUUCCAUUCGCACCCAACGACUGGCCUCAAUCCGCUCCAGCUACGGAUGGGCGCACGAGGAAGCUCUUUCCCAAAUGGAAAAUAUUGUCUCGCUGUACGUAAAGCAGGAAAAGCUACAGGCUGCUAUUUCGCUGCUACAGGAGACGACGGUGCAAGUGCUAUCGACCGAGACAUCCUCAAUCAAGCUGGCUGCUGCAGCCAAGAGCAUCGCAACUGGGUACAUUGCUAUCGGUCAGAUUCAUAAGGCCAGGGAGCUUGCCAACGAGAUUUAUCUCCACAUUAUCAUUAAGUCCAGCAAUAGUGCCAGUGCCCUUGGUUUUGACAAGACUUCGAACAGGCGACUAGGUCUUGGUUUCCUGGCCCAGCUUGAAUAUACCAUCCGGGAGUAUACAGACGACUCGACUACGCUAAGUGAGAUUCAAGCCACCCUGACGACGGAGUAUCUAUACUUUGAGCAGUUCCGGGCGAUUCUCGCGUCAAAGACUGCGAACCUGCAACAGGCAGCGCCCAAGGUGGCCCGCAUGCACGCAUUUCUACUCAGCCGCCGCCGUCACUCAGCUGCUACUCAGAUGGUCGAUCAGUAUACCAGCUUCUUCCUGGCAACUGAGGGCUCCAAUCUGGAUAUCGAUGCUAACCAGGCCAAGGUCUUCAUCGAGACGGUUCUAGAGUAUUUCAGCACCCAUGUCUCGCGCGACUUUGCCCGUUCAGUGGCCAUCGCGAGUUAUAACCGCGUAUCCCAGCAGCUCGAUUCCAAAGAUUACCAGUCUGCCUGCCACCUGGCGUUCGCGGCGAUGAAGUAUAUCGGUGCCUGCCAUGGCUACCGGUCCCAGGCAACACUUAAAUUGGUGUUCAAGCUUGGUCUGCUCAUCGCCGGUAAAGAAAUUGACAUGGGUCCGGAAGACUCGGCUAAGAAGUACAUGCUGAGCGUAUCGGGAAUGAUUUUGCGUGACACGCUAGGCUAUUUCAAACAACACAAUGUCGAGUUUACGCAACUGGAUCUGGCAAACGUCAAUAGCUUGAUCAAGGUUCUCGAUGAACAACAUGACUACCACACCUUGGUCUGGGUUCUGACCUCCCUUUGGAAUAAUCGGGACGUACAUGCCCUGUCACAGCCACACCACGCAUAUACCCUUGCUCUUGGACGCAUGCUGGUCAUUAGUCGCUACCUCAUUGGUGACUACACGGCAUCAAUCAAGCUCGCAGAGGAUCUUGUCUACAACUGCGCUCGCGUCCAUGGGCCCCGCCACCCGAGCACCGUCGAAAUGACCGUGCUACUAUCGCAGAUGUAUACCAGCGUGGCUCAAGGCUAUCAAAGCCAGAAGGCCCGGCGCGAGCUAGCCUAUCGGUACUACCGAAAAGCGGCCGCGCUGCACGAGAACGCCCUACGCGUGUUCAUCGACCCCUCCUCGUCAUCUACCAGCGAUGUGGACAUAGAGGUUAUCUCGGGCAUGUCAUCACCGUCAUCCGCCUCCAGUCCAGGCGAAAAUGCAGAUGGUAAACAUGUCCGACAACACCUGCGCAUGCUUAAACUUGCAGUUGAGCGCCUCGGUGAUUGGCCCAAGGAUUAUUCUGAAUACGAGCGGCUUAACCAAGAGCUUUUCAAUGCAUUCGCACAUGACCUGGAGGGAGUGGAAGGUGUUGAUAAAUGGAACUUGCAGUCUUUUGGGUCCGGUCAGGCUGAGGCUAGUGAUGACCUAAUCUCUUUCCAUCGCGAGGGCCUUGCAAUUGCUGUUUGA